CGCGGUAACACUGGAACCAUAUUUUUUCUGUCGACUUGAAAUCAAAACAGAAAAAACACUAUUUUUAAUAGAUGCUUAUUGAAAUGCCGUUCUUGUAUGCCGUUUUCUUCAUAUUUGCUUAACAGCUUACGGUUAUGAAGCUGCAACAAAACAUUAAGUGAUAGCCUGGCCUAGUGAAACUUGAGCAGACCAUUACACACACACAAAACACACACCCACACAUGCAAAUGGAGCAGCAGCAACACGUCUCAAAGUUGUUUGUCUGCACGGCGGUUGACUGUAAAGAUGAAAUCGAGGAGAAAUUUGAGCGGUCUUUCAUUAACCUGCAGCAACAAAUUGCAGGCCUUAGUGAUAAGGAGAUGCACGACAUGCUGUCGCAGUUUGUUUGCAAAGACAAGCAGCAUGACGAGAUAUCAAUUGGCUUCCUUUAUAUAAUGCUAACAGACCCUGGCAUGGCUCCAAAAACAUAUCGGGACAUAACUCUUGUCUCCAGGGAUGGGAUGAAUGUGAUUGUUUCAAACCUCACCUUACUUGUCGCCGAGAAGUAUUCGAAGCUCACAGAGGUUGCCCGCAGACAGCUUAUCUGGGUAUUGCGAGAGUUUGUGAAACACCAGGUACUCAGUGUCGAGAAUGUAAUUUGGAACUGUUUACGACAAGCUGGCGGAGGAGAUGCAUCCCACAGGAACCUUUUUCUCGUGGAGAGUCUACUCGAUAUAUUCAUCGAGUACAGAGCUUGGCUGGAAGCCAAUCCAUUUCUCGUACAAUCCACAGUUUACAGCUAUGUGCGCCUCAUAGAAGAUCAUGCAAAUCCCGCCUUGAUAUCACUUCGUCAAAAGGAAGUUAAGUUUACGAUUUCAUUGAUCCGGGAACGCUUCCAUGAUAUCAUUCCACUAGGAAGAGAUUUUGUGCGCCUUUUGCAAAACGUUGCGCGCAUUCCCGAGUUCGAGCAACUGUGGCGUGAUAUUCUUUAUAGUCCGAAAAGCUUACAUCCAACAUUCAAUGGGAUUUGGCAAUUGCUACAAAUUCGGACAAGUCGAAGGUUUCUGCAAUGUCGUCUGCUGCCAGAGAUGGAACGCAAAUUACAUUUUCUGGCGUCGUCGGUGAAGUUUGGUAACCAAAAGCGCUACCAGGAUUGGUUUCAGGACAAGUAUUUUGCCACACCGGAGUCGCACAGCUUGCGCUCCGACCUCAUCCGUUUUAUCAUUAACGUAAUCCACCCGACUAACGAUAUGCUUUGUUCGGACAUAAUACCGCGAUGGGCGAUCAUUGGCUGGCUCAUCUCAUCAUGCACAAACCCAAUUGCAUCGGCCAAUGCGAAGCUGUCAUUGUUUUACGAUUGGUUAUUUUUCGAUCCAGCCAAAGAUAAUAUUAUGAACAUAGAGCCCGGCAUUCUAGUGAUGUACCACUCCAUCAGAAAUCAUCCAUUUGUCAGCAGUACGCUUUUAGAUUUUCUGUGUCGCAUAACAAAGAACUUUUAUGUGAAGCAUGAGGAUAAAAUACGAAUGGGCGUCUACAAUUCCUUAAAACUUAUCCUCGACAAACAGGUGAUACCAAACCUACAGCCACUGUUUGAAUCGCCGAAACUUGACAGAGAGCUUCGCAAUUUAAUACGAGAAAACUUCAGGGAAUUUGUGUCGUCUGCUGCAAACCUAACUCAGCCAGUUUAUCCAACGCCACAUCCUAUCCCUGGACAAAUUGUCAAAAAAGAUGCAGACCAACGUAUGUUGCAUGGGGAAAAUUUUGAUAUGGCUGGAACUGUGUUUGCCACUAACAUUGGAUCUGUCGUAUCGCUGGUAGAUGAGGACAACAAAAUGGCAAUCCCGCCGUCAGAGCGAGAAAUUGAAGGCAUUUUCAGCGAGCAAGACGUUGAGAGCUUGGGCAGGAAUAAUAAAAACGAUGAAAAUACCGAUGACGACGACGACUUGCCACUUUCAAAAGUCAGACUUAAAGAAAAGCCAAAGGUCGAGCUAGCCGAAGCAAUUGCCGAAUCAUUUGAAUCUUUUAUAACGAAACGAAACUCAUUUACAUGGGAAUCAUUUUUAAAGGAUUUCCGCUCGUUACCAGCGUCUGCCUUCGAUGAGUUUCAGCUCAGUUAUGUGAUCUCGAAUACCGUUUUAAUUCUUCGCGAAACCUUACCACAGCAAAAUAUAUUCUCGGAGAGCAAGACUGAUGAGAAGUUUUUGGCAAAGAGCAUUAGCUAUCCCAUAUACGGUCUGUUCCGUUUCCUAUACGAAAACGAUGAUAAGAGCAAAAAACCAUUUCAAACAAUGCUCUCGGAGAUAUGUGAGCGCAUACCUGAAACAGGAUUUUUGCUACUCUACUUCAUGAAGAUUCACUGCAAGUUGCAAACACGAAAAAAUGCACAACUUUCAUAUCAGUUCAAGACGACCGUCUAUCGACAAAUAUGCGAUGCAACGGAUGACAAGGUUGGCAAUUGCCUGGUCAGAGACCUCGACCUGCUUGAGAAGGAAAAUACAACCAUUUACCUAUGGCUCCUGCCUGACAUCUAUCGAGAGUUCAAGUCAAUUGCAACGAAUAACACUGAGCUCUUGCGUAUUACACUUCGCUGCAUAGAUGCAAAAAAUGUUCGCGACAUAAUAUACUCGGUCGCGCAAGGCAAACUCACCAUAUUUAAACAAGAUGGACUAAUUGAUUGUAUUAGAGAGAGCCUAGAUUAUGAGACAUACGAACAAUUCUGUCUGUGGCAGCUCGUGCAAGCACACGAUGUACCCUUAAAGACUAUACAGGACCUAUUGCCCGAAUUGGAAGCUGCUAAUCAUCCCGAAGCACUCAGUCAUUUUCUCUUACUUUUAAAAAAUGAAGAGCCAACGAAUGAAAUCAUUCGACUAAUGCUUAGCAGGGAAGCUAAAUCAAGGGGAGAUCCCUUUGUAACUUCGGCGUUAAGGUUUUGGUGUCAGCGGUACGAAGAAAAGCUGUCGGAAAUCAUUGCAUCUUUGCUCACGUCAAAAUAUCCCAGCUCAUCUCCUAACAAAAGAAAACGACCAUCUAAAGGCAGUUCCGUUGCCAGCAGUACACCCUCCGCUGAUCAAGUAUUAAACCAUCUAGAGCAUUAUAGAAGAAGCUGCAGGCACGGCACAGGUACCGGGCUAUAUGUUCAUGAUAUGAUGCAGCGAGCAUUACAAUCGGCAUACUCCCAUAGUAAUGAGAGCACAAAGAAACAAUUUAGUGAUCUAUUCGCAUUGGCAGCGGAAGACGAAGUCACUGCCGUUGGCCGUCGUGGAGGGAGCGGUCGAGGACGCAAGCAACCAGUUAGUAAAAAGGACGCAAAUAAUCACAACACGGGCAACAAAAAGAACUCGGAGAUCAUUAAAACCAUAUACUCAUCGGAUGAAAACUCGAGCGAGGAGGAUUGGUCAAAACAGAAACCUACACAGGCUGCAAAGAAAAGGAAAAAAAGUGAGCAAUGAGUCUGACUGACAGUUUGAUCGUCAAAGACUGGCUUCAGUCCAAAUUGUAUGCUUUGACGAAGUGAAUUAUAUGAAAAAC